AUGCGCAGCCGGUCGUACCAACCCUGCGAUUUGCUUAUUGGCUACCAGCGGGCCUAUGAGGAGAUGGCCCGAAUCGUCGUUCAGCGAUAUCCCACUUUGCAAAUCGAAGGAACGACAUAUCCUCCUCCUCAAUGGCGUUUAAUCCUAGCCAAAAUAGUCACCAUGCUAAAGUAUUUACUGUUAGUAGUAGUUAUUACUGGCACUAAUCCCUUCCCAUAUCUUGGCGUCGAAACCCCAGGCUUCAUAACGUACGCAAAUGAAAACAAAGUUUCCUUUUGUCUUAUGUGCUUUUUUAUCGGUGGCCUUAUCGAAAGCCAGUUACUCUCGACGGGCGCUUUUGAAAUUACGUUGAACGGUAUGCUUCUUUCCGUUGUCGACUCAAAAACAACUUAUUUUAUAGAUAUCCCCAUCUGGUCCAAGCUGCAAUCUAAUCGAGUGCCUCAACCGCAGGAACUCUUGUCGAUUAUCGGCUCCCACAUGCAGUUCCCCGCACCCGGGACUGCUGCCGCCGCCGCUCCCUCAUCGAUGUCUUUCAGCAAUAACCCUACGCCAAGAUCCUAA